ACAAAGGAAAACCCAAGACCACAGAAUCUACUGCUAGUGAGCCAGCCCUGUCUGAGGGAGUCUCCUUCCAGGAACAACUAACACAAGGAGUUCCAGGGAUCACCCAGGUGGGCCGAACUAAGGAUCAGGAUGGGUCAUUGGAAAUGCAAGAGGGACACUUGAUACCAGAGAUAGACCCCCAGAAGGAGAAAAUCCCUGGGAAAUCAAGCUCUGAACAUGGCAACAUAGGGACAGCUGAUAAUGUGUGUUCAGGGAUUGUAAAGGAGCCAGUCCCUUUGGGAAGUGCUGUCCAUGACCAUGACUCAUGUGGGUCAGGUAAAGAUUCUGUGAUUCAGGAAGAAGAAAAUAUCUUUAAAUGCAAUGAAUGUGGGAAAGUUUUUAACAAGAAACGCCUCCUUGCUCGACAUGAGAGGAUUCACUCUGGAGUGAAGCCCUAUGAAUGUACCGAGUGUGGGAAAACUUUUAGUAAAAGCACUUAUCUCCUUCAACACCACAUGGUCCACACAGGGGAGAAGCCCUAUAAGUGUAUGGAGUGUGGGAAAGCCUUCAACCGUAAGUCACACCUUACACAGCACCAGAGGAUUCAUAGUGGCGAGAAGCCUUAUAAGUGCAAUGAAUGUGGAAAGGCCUUUACCCAUCGCUCCACUUUUGUCUUGCAUAACAGGAGCCACACUGGAGAAAAACCCUUUGUAUGCAAAGAAUGUGGAAAAGCCUUCCGAGAUAGGCCAGGUUUCAUUCGUCACUACAUCAUCCACAGUGGCGAGAAUCCCUAUGAAUGCUUUGAGUGUGGCAAGGUAUUUAAACACAGGUCAUACCUCAUGUGGCACCAGCAGACUCACACUGGGGAGAAGCCCUAUGAGUGCAGUGAGUGUGGGAAAGCCUUCUGUGAGAGUGCAGCCCUCAUUCACCACUAUGUCAUCCACACUGGGGAGAAGCCCUUUGAGUGCCUAGAGUGUGGGAAGGCCUUCAACCACAGGUCAUACCUCAAGAGGCACCAGAGGAUUCACACUGGGGAGAAACCCUAUGUGUGCAGCGAGUGUGGAAAGGCCUUCACCCACUGCUCUACUUUCAUCUUGCAUAAAAGGGCCCACACUGGAGAAAAACCUUUUGAGUGCAAAGAAUGUGGGAAAGCCUUUAGCAAUCGUGCAGACCUCAUUCGACACUUCAGCAUCCACACUGGAGAGAAGCCCUAUGAGUGCAUGGAGUGUGGGAAGGCC